CACAUCCCACGUAUCAACCUUCAUACUAUAUACAAUCCGUGCAUCUUUAGAAAUGUCUGUUCUUCCAACUGUAGCAAUCGCUGGUGCGACUGGUAAUCUCGGUGCCAAAGUUACUGAGGGCUUUCUCCAACAGCCAUUUCGCGAUAGGUUCCAUGACAUCAUAGUCCUGGCACGCUCCCGCUCACCCAAGGCCGAGAAUCUCGUGAAACACGGCGCAUCAUUGCGUCUGUAUGCCGAGGAGAACUUGCAAGAGGCACUAGCUGGAGUUGAUGUCCUGAUCAACACCGUAGGUCCCAGUGGUCAUCACUUCAAAGAGGCCCUUCUUCGCAGCAUUCCUGGGUCCGGCGUUAAGCUCUAUUUCCCUUCCGAGUUUGGUGUCGAUCAUUAUGUGCACGACUUUUCACACGAAGAAUGGGACGCUAAGAAGGCGCAUUUCCAGCUAGCAUCAGAGCUCAUCCCCAACAUAAGCAUGUGUCGCGUCUAUGCUGGCCUAUUUCUCGAGGACUCCAUCGGUCCGUGGUUUGGCUUCGAUACCAAGAGGGGCCGAUACGAGGCCAUAGGGGAUCCUGCGCAGAAAACCUCCUACACGAGCAUGUAUGACGUUGGCAAGGCACUCGCCAUACUCGCAAGCAAACCAGUCGGCACCAUACCGCCUGAGGUGCACCUUAGCGGUGAUAGCAAGUCUAUGAUUGAGAUAGCAGAGCUUAUGCAAGCGAACGGGGCUGAUCGUAUACAAGUGACGAGUGUGCCGCUUGAAAGCUAUAAGGCCAGUGUGCUAGCGAAGCCAUCGCCUACGCCAGAGCGAUACCUACGCUUCUUGAUGGGCGAGGGCAAAAUUCAGCACUCGAGUGAUGGGAUAGGUAAUCAAAAUGAUAUAGUCCAGGUAACUGGAGGCCUAUCGACUUGGAUGUCUAUGUCGCAGUUGGCAAAGGAUACCGGUGGAAGGCCUUGGGCUGAAGCGGAAUGGGAACCAGUCAACUAGUGUCCAUUUGGAUAUCAAGAGUAAGAUACUAACAGCUAAUUCUGGUAUAGUAUAGCAAACCGCUAUCACAGAUGGAAUAACUUGAUCAGAUUAUAGUCUGAAAAUUGAUAAUCUUGUCGAGGAGACUGCCA